AUGGAGGGCUGUGACGUCCUCAUGGUGCCGCACAGGUUUGACGCAAAGGAGCUUCGGUGGAUUCCAACCGGCGAAGCGGCCGUGGCAGUCCGGAUGAGCCGGGAGGCUGCCAAAAGCUGGCGCAUCGUUGUGGGCAAUCAGGGCGUGCCAUUAUCCGAGAUAAGAAGCGCAUCCACCCUUGGCCCAAACUUUUUGGUCCUUGAUCUGAUCAAGCAGGGAAACGUUGGCCUCCGCUGCGAAGAUGAGCCAGCCUUGAAGCAAUUUACCACGGAACUCUCGAAGCGCCGAGCAGAUUAUGAGCGUUUCGAGCAGUACGAGCAAAGCAGCGUCCAAAGCUACUUCCAGUACUAUGCCAAGCUGUCCAACCAGCAAAACAUGCUGCAAGACAGCGUGCGAACCUCGACCUACCAUCGAGCCAUUGUUGAGAAUGUGGAUGAUUUCCAGGGCAAAGCAGUGAUGGAUCUGGGUGCUGGGAGCGGCAUCCUCUCAUUCUUUGCUGUACAGGCAGGUGCUGAGAAAGUGCACGCAGUGGAGGCAUCAUCGAUGGCGGAAGUGGUCCGCUUGCUUUCAGACGCAAACCCAUUUUUGACCAAGAAGGUGGAGGUGAUCAGCAGGCCUGUGGAGACGAUCACGACAAAAGAGCUGGACGGGCAGGUGGAUGUGUUGGUGUCUGAGCCCAUUGGCACCUUCCUCUUCAAUGAAAGGAUGAUCGAGAGCUACCUGUGUGCUCGUGAUCGGUUUCUCAAGCCUGGUGGCAAGAUGUUCCCGAAUGUUGGCACGAUUUGUAUAGCUCCUUUUUCCGAUUCGCUUCUGCAUUGGGAGCAGCAAAACAAGAAUGGCUUCUGGAAGAACACGAACUUCUACGGGAUCGAUCUCACGGCAGCAGUGCAGAGAUGUACAAGGGAGCAUUUCCGCCAACCCAUUGUCGAUUACAUCAAUCCAGACUGCCUGGUUUCCAAGUGUGUGGAGAAGAGGUUUGACUUCAAGACCAUCUCGAUAGAAUCGCUUCACUCGAUUGAGAUCCCUUUCGAUUUUGAGAUUUCGCAGCCUUGUUUGGUUCACGGCCUAGCAGGCUGGUUCGAUGCUUUCUUUGAGGGCAGCAACCAGACGGUCGUUCUCUCCACGGCACCUACAUGUCCAGGAACCCACUGGUACCAGAUACGGUUUUUGCUAGAAGUUCCGCUGGCUGUCAAUGCCGGCCAGCACGUCGAGGGUACUCUGAAGAUGGAGGCAAACAACUUGCAGUCCUACUACAUCAACAUAUCCAUGAGAAUACAGGGGACCAACAUCUCCUCAUCUGCUCCCUGCAUUGAUCUCAAGGAUCCCGAAUACCGGUUUUACACCUCCGCGAAUUCAUACUGCCCGCCAGGAACUGGCCAGAACGCAGCUCAGCAGCCUGCACCUGCGCCUCAGACCCAGAUGGCCUACCAGCAGGCGCAUUUUGCCCAGACUCAAAAUGUCUUGCCGGGACAGGCAGCCUUCGCUUCGGCGCAGCCGGCCUGGGCUGAUGCUCGAUCCUCGGAUGUCUCAAUGCACACAGGGGCACACGGCGCCCAUGGUGCCCAGAUAGGGCAGCCGAUGACCAACGGCUACGCAGGUGCACCUCACAGCUAA